AAAAGCUGCAGGUCUGAACUGAAAUGUUGACUGUGACUCAGACCUGUAACUCCAUCAGAAACAAUCAUGUCUUUCCUCGGUCAACUGGCUGUGGUGACAGUUGUGUUGGCUUUUUAUGGCCAAGCCAAUGGAGGUAAAAUCAUUGGAGGUCACGUAGCAAAGCCUCACAGCAGGCCUUACAUGGCCCUUCUGAAGAGAAACGCAUCACAAAACCAAGUCUUGUUCUGUGAUGGAUUCCUUUUAAAUGAAGAUUUUGUCAUGACUGCAGCCCACUGUCAGGCCGAGUUUAUAACAGUUCUUCUUGGUCUUCAUAAUGUGAAUGAUAAGGUAAAUGUGCAGGAGAUCCCUGUGAAAGAAGCGUUUCCAAGCAAACAUUACAACACAAAGGGAUUUGUGAACGAUCUAAUGAUCCUGAAGUUGAGCUCCAAGGCACAGAUCAACGACUAUGUCAAACCCAUCGCUCUGGCAGACCACAGUAGUCCAGUGCCACAACACUGCGUGGUCUCUGGCUGGGGAAAAACCAGCAUGAAUGAUGCAUUCUUGUCUAGAAACCUGAUGGAAGUAGAAGUAACUUUGAUCAGGGGUGAAAAUUGUCCAAACGAACAGUCCUUCUGUUCUGAGGGACAGGCUGGUCCAGCUCCUGGGGACUCUGGAAGCCCAUUGGUCUGUGAGGGUGACGUGGCGUACGGGGUAGUCUCCACCCUUUUCUCUCCACCUUCAGGAGGCAAAAAGCUUUAUGUGUUUGCGAAGAUCUCUGAUCAGAAACAAUGGAUCACUUCAGCCAUGGAAAAGUCUCUAAUCAAAAACUAAGGUUUUUUUUACGAUAUGUUUGUUCAAAAUGGAACUGACCCUUUAACACCGAAGCUUCAAACUUUUUAGGAACUCGGAAUUUUAUUUAAGGUUUUAACACAGGAGCUUUA